CGUCUUGUUCAUCACUCUCUUCUCCCUCGACAAACUGGCACUUGGAAAUUUGAACAGACAGAAGAGAGUGAGACCGAAGGAAAAGAUGGAAACAACAAAAGUGGGUUUGAAGAGAGAAGGCAAGAGGCAACAACAAGCAGCAGGAUUCAUAAUACAGAACCUGAAAUGUGGGGCUGCUUUGCUGGGAAAAGCAUCUUCUAGUACUCCACCACCCUCCUGGAGACUCGAGGCUUCGUCUCACCAUCAUGGCACUGUCAAAACUCCUGUUCGUGAAUUCCUCCAUUUUCCCACUUCGAAGGUUUCUGCCAGAAACCUCUGUGCUUGCCUCUGGCGGAUUCUGCCCCACCAAGAGGCCCCACUUGCUGCUGUAACCAAUGUUUACACAACACCUUGCCGCCGCCGCCGCCGCGAUAAAUCGUUUGAGCAGCCGGCAUCUGCAAGUAACUUGAAAAAACAAGUUGCUGCAUCACUUGCUCAGCACCAUAGAUCUGUUGAACAAAAUUGCCACGCUAUACAGCCUCUAUCCUCUUCGAAUCACGGUAACUUGGCUGAGGCGGCAAGAUGCAAUUGUGAGGUAACACCUACAAGUUCCUUGGACGUCAAAGGUAGGAUCCGAGAAUCAAAUUGUAACUUUAAAACAUCCAGAGAGUUACGAAAAGUACUUAACCGUAUCCAGAGCAUCAAAGAACAACAUGCAUCAAAUAUAUCUGUUGUUAAUGACCUGAAAGUGGAGCUAGAUCUUUCUCGGGCACAGAUCAAAGAAUUAAAACGAGAGAAGCAAAUGAAUAUUUGGCAAAUGAAGAGCUUAACGAAGCAAACGGCAGAGAAGUUUGUCAGGAGGAGCAAUGCAAAUGACAGACUUAAAAUCGCAGUUCAAUCAGUCGAGGAAGAGCUAGAAGGUGAGACGAGAUCAAGGAGCUCAAGGAGGCAUUCCGAAAGCCUGCAUUGUAGGCUGGCUCUGGAGCUUUCUGAAGUAAAGUCCUUGUUUUAUGGUUCUUUGAGAGCGCUUGAAAGGGAGAGGAAAGCUCGGAUCUUGCUUGAGAAUUUGUGUGACGAGUUUGCAAUAGGAAUAAAGGACUACAAACAAGAGGCACGCUCUCUAAAGCAUAAGUCUGAGAAGAGUGAUGAUGUAGGUGUAGAUAACCUUGAUAGUUUACUAGUUGAUAUUUCAGAAGCUUGGCUUGAUGAGCGUAUGCAGAUGAGGGAAGCCAAAGCUGGUGAUGAUCUCGUGGAGAUAAAUUCAGUUGUUGACAAGUUAGGUUUUGACAUUGAAACAUUUCUUAGAGCAAAGGGAUCUGUUAAUCUGAGAAAAUAUGGUGACUCCUACCCAGAGGAGCUCGUCAGAGAAGUUUAUCCCUGUCAGUAUUAUUCAUUGGAUUCAUUUCCCCUAAAGGAUCAAUCUAUCGGUGCACCUGUAAAUGUGCAUGACGAUGAUAAUGCUAAAAAUUUUGGAUCAGCUUCGGGUGAAGGAUAUGGCAACAUCAGGUCCAUAGAUCAAGAAAAGAAAGGAAGCCAAAUUUCCACGAGGAAGCAAGUUCAAACAAAACAAAUCAAGUCAAGCAUGUCUCAUGAUGAAAAUCAGCGUAGGUUUGUAGAGAGGAAUUCAAGUGACAGAACAUCUUUAAUCAAUGAGACUGAGGUAUCAACUGUUUGGGAGGAACCAGCACAAGUUGCACAAGAAAGUGAUGGGCCCUUGAUCAGGAGAUUGAACUCAAGUGACAGAAAAAGUUUCUUGCCUACAGGAGGUGAAAAUAUUUGCAGGGGAGCUUAUUGUGUUCAUUCUGUGGUAAGAAGCAACGUUAGUCCUGUGAAACGACAGAGGAAAUUACAAUUUUCUAAGGUGAUGGGCCAAUCACAAGAAGGCACAUUGAAGGCAAAACUACUUGAGGCAAGGUCAGAUGUACGUCAGUCUGGUUCUGAGGCAAGCAAGAGCAGUUUGGGAUGAACCAGAGAAGCUUCUGCUUAGAAAACUGGAAUCGGUAUGGGUUUCAUGCUAUGUAUUUCAUGAACAGGGAUAGUAAAUAUCACUCUACUUUCUAAAGUUGUGACCUUUUUUUACCCCUUCCCUCUGUGCAUUAGAAUCUUGCUGUUUAGUUGGCUAGACAUGCAUGCAUGAAGGUCCAACAGAGUGGUGU